UCCAUUUCCAUGCUACGGUCAUCGGCCUCUUGUGCUAAUCUUUUUUCACUGCAGCUGUAAUCUCUUUGUCAAGAGUGAACGAGGUAGACAGAGGUAAUUUAUUUGAAAGAAGGCAGAGAGGUCAGCCUGAGCUUUAUGCUCUAGCCUGCUACUCUGCAUAGGGGGAGGGGGAACGGGGACAUAAAGGUGUGAUGAGGGAUGAUAAUGACAUAGAAAGAGGGAGGCCGAACUGGUGAAAGCAAGUUCAACAUUCUGUUGAUAAACAUUCAGACAUGUCAUUCAUGAAGCCACCACCGGAUUCCAGACCUUAUCUCUGGUCACUAGUUCAAAUGAAUGUUCAGAUAAAGGCACUAAGACGAAGUUGGCGUGUGGGCUUCUCCUACGUCAGAAGCACAGGUGCCAAGCAAAAGCUUUACAAAAUGUAAAGAGCUGAGAUAAGCGGCUCCAGUACGGCGAGCACCUGCAGGGCACUUUUGGCGGCCGGAUUCUCGACACUGCAGACAAUCGCGCGCAUUGACUCUACCAGGUGCUUCAGCAUUUUCUGAACGUUUUCCUUCUCAUUAUGUCCAUGUCCAUGCUUGCGUGUUUUGUCCCCGGUCUUUCUGGCCCUAUCAUUCUUGCCUUCUUGGCGCAGAGGACCCCUAUGACCCGCUGUCAUGGUCAUGGGUAUACAGGGCAGUAAAGGCCAUCCCGUAAUGCUUUGAGACGGAACACGCAUCCCGUUAGCGCAUCGCUGCCCGAAGUGUUGACGAUGUCGAAGCUCAAGGACCGGACUGCACUGGUGACUGGCGCGGGCAGCGGCAUCGGGCGCUGCGUGUGCGACGCACUGGCAGCCCAGGGCGCUCGAGUGGUGGCUGCAGACUGCAACUUGGACUCCGCCGUCGAGACUGUGUCUCGGUUACCCGAAGGAACUGCGCGCCACGUUGCUUGGCACGUCGACGUCACCAGCAACGCGUCAGUGACGUCCUUGUUCGAUUGCAUUCGCAAUUAUUCGGAGCUGCCACCAGUCAGCAUCGUUGUCUGCUGCGCCGGAGUCUCGAGAGGCGGCAGAAUAAUCGACCUGAAUCGGGCGGUCUUCGACCAAGUGAUCGAUGUCAAUCUAAAGGGCACGUUUGUGACUGUGCAAGCUGCAGUCAACGAGAUGCUGGCGCGAGGCGUGGAACAAGGCUCCGUGGUAACUGUGUCCAGCAUCGUGGCCCUGACGGGCCUGAGGCAUCACAGCGCGUACGCCGCCUCCAAGGCUGCCAUCAUAGCCUUCACCAAGACGGCGGCGCUCGAGCUGGCGCCUCACGGCAUACGCUGUAACGUCGUACUGCCGGGCUUUACCGACACCCCCAUGACAGCCGACACGAGCGACAAGGACCGCGCUAACAUCAUCGCCCGCACGCCCCUCGGUCGGAUGGCGCGACCCGAGGAGAUCGCCAGAGUCGUCCGGUUCCUGUGCGACGAAGCGGACAGUUCGUUCGUCACAGGAGCCGCCUUCGAAGUCACCGGCGGUCUUCACAUGUGACCGCAGGAGCUGUGACGAAACGACUUUGGGCGUGUGUGUAGCAAGAACUCGCGCCUGGUCCUCGUGAACUGUUGGGACGGACAUUCCGCUGCAGCCGGCCAGGUGGCAAUUUCUUUCGCUGCUGGUUACCACGUCGCCGCGGAGUCGAUUUCGGGCCCAACCACAGGAGGCUGGGAUCUCAUGGGUCCGGAACGCCAACAGGCCCGGUCAGCCGAGAUAUUGAAACGCAGCAGAUUUAAAGAUACGUGCACACUUCAAAACUGAGGCUAUUUGUCCUUGCUUUCACUGACUGCUUUAUUGGCCACGAGCAGCAGAGAUCAUAGUGUUUAGGGUGGUGCCACUUGCCGCAAGCAUUCGCAGGGCCGCGUGCACUACCUCUCGAGUCAGGGCUUAUGUGCUUAACCUGCCGUCGAUCUGUAGAAACACGUGGGGAGGCCGAGACAGCGGGGAGCGCGGUGGCCCGAACCCCGCCCGCUGCUGGUUGCAGGCUUUCAUGUCAGCCCGAACCCGUGAAGAGCACUAUGAAACCGUGAAGAACCUGUGAAGAGGCGUUUAUGAAAUAAAGUGAUCAGGUAUUGACA